AUGGCGAACAACCAGAAUCUGAAGCCUCUGAUCUACGCAUUCGUUUCUAGAGGAACUGUUAUCCUCGCUGAAUUCACUGAAUUCAGUGGUAACUUCAACUCCAUCGCGUUUCAGUGCCUUCAGAAGCUUCCUUCUACUAACAACAAGUUCACAUACAACUGUGAUGCUCACACUUUCAAUUACCUGAUCGAUAAUGGUUACACAUAUUGUGUUGUUGCAGAUGAAUUAACUGGAAGACAGGUUCCCAUGGCCUUUCUAGAGCGUGUCAAGGAUGAUUUUGUGUCAAAAUAUGGUGGUGAAAAGGCUUCCACAGCUCCUCCCAACAGCCUUAACAAGGAAUUUGGGCCAAAAUUGAAGGAACAUAUGCAGUACUGUGUUGAUCAUCCCGACGAGAUAAGCAAGCUUGCAAAGGUGAAAGCUCAGGUUUCUGAAGUUAAAGGUGUCAUGAUGGAGAAUAUUGAAAAGGUUCUAGACAGAGGAGAAAAGAUAGAGCUUCUGGUGGACAAGACUGAUAACCUUCAUCACCAGGCACAAGAUUUCAGGAGUUCUGGAACCUCGAUACGUCGAAAAAUGUGGCUACAAAACAUGAAGGUCAAGCUGAUUGUAUUGGGAAUUUUGAUAGCCCUGAUCCUCAUAAUAGUCCUUUCCGUGACUCGGGGUUAA